UUUAAAUAAAGGGUCAAUCAUAUGUUUUCAUACAUUAAAAUAUGAAGUAUUCGUUAUCGUUAUCAAUAUUUGUUUAUUCAUGUACUCAGAUACUUACAGAUAUAGCUAUAUUAAAGGACCUUAAAAAUGCAAAUAAUAAAUGUGUAGCCUAUAAUCGACAAUACACUUCUCUAAAUUCGAAUCACCAAAAAGACACCUAUACCCUGAUAGAUCUCACACCAGAUGAUGGUUGCUCAUCUUCUAAUUUAUUGGAUAUUAAUCAAGUUAUCAAGGAUACAGGCAUGGCUGCUAACAUCGGAAUCAAUUUAAAUACUAUGAUUGUGUUAAACCGCGGUAAUUGUAGAUUGGUCAAAAGACUAAUCAAUUUAUAUGGAAAAUUCAAAAUGACUAAUUUGUUAGUGGUUUACCCAUCAAACAAUAUUAAAGAUGGCUACAAUUUGUGGAAUCAAACGGAAUUAAUACAAAAUAAAACAUUGAUAGACGAAUUUCUUAGUGUUGGGAUCAAUUUAUUCAUAAUCAAGCAAAGGGAUUUUCUUGAUUUGAAAGAAACCCUACUAAAUAGUGAAUACAACACUUCCGCCAUUAGUGACAAGCCAAACAAAACGGAUAAAAGUAAAGCAUCCCGUGUAUUAGGUCAAAUUCGCUUUAAUCCUCUCAACAUAUAUUACGAUAUGGGCCCUAUUAUUUUAGCCUUGAUCGUCAUAUGCAUAUGUAUAUUCGGUGGCUAUCUUGGAGGUAGAGACUACUAUAAGAGACUUAAGACGCUGAACGAAAACGCCACUACAAUGAGGAUAUAUGAGGUUAACUCCACGAGUUCUACAAACGUUGCAUCACCCGCUAAUAUUGAUUUCGACCGAGUCGACAGGUCCCAGAGUGUAAAAUCUAAGCUUGACAAUAAAUCUAAGCUCAGAGACCAGGCUGACAGGGACUCAUUUUCGGUAGCCAACGUUAUAUUUAUGGUCGUCUUCAUGUGCAUCUUUCUCACUCUCAUUUGGUAUUUCUACAAAUAUGCCGUGUACUACUUGAUCUAUGUAUUUUGCCUGUACUCUAUCAUCGCGUUAUAUUCUCAAUUUCGAUUCUUGAGUCACAGAUUUUUACCCUUCAGAGAUUUCAGUCUUCUCUCCUUUUGCAAUUUUCGAUUUCUAUCGGAGACGCCUCUACCGUCAUCCCCACUGGCUUCUACUAACAUCAAUUAUUACAGUCUAAACCAACCUAACUCCCAGAAUAAGAAUUCUUCGCAUAUCACCAUUGCCGAUAAUGACAAUAUUGAUAAAACUAAUGUCACCAACUCAAACCCUACCCCUACCAUGACUGCCCAUGACAAUAAUAAGAAGAAGCAAAAUUACUUUGACACAACAUUCGUCAAAGUGAAAAAUGGCAUCUGCGAAACUUUUAAAUUCUUAUGCCGAGAAUUGUUCACGAUUAAACAUUUAUUGUGCUUAGUCCUCAGCCUCGCGAUUUGCAUAUUUUGGCUCGUUCAUCGACACGAAUUUAACGCUUUCAUACUUCAGGAUAUAAUGGGAGCCUCCCUUUGUCUUUAUAUUCUAACGACCGUUCACAUUCCUAAUUUAAAAAUUGGUACUUUACUCUUGAGUCUGCUAUUCAUUUUCGAUAUUUUUUUCGUUUUCAUAACACCAUUCCUGACUAAAUCAAAGACUAGCAUAAUGAUAGAUAUUUUAGGUGGAAAAGACAGCUUUCAUAGUUCGGACAAUGUCGAUUUGUCAUCACUUCUUAAGAUAUCGGAAAAAAUCUUAUCUCCAAACUUUACUGAAAAUAGUCAUUACCCACCGAUUAAUUCGAAUAAAGAUGAACCAAAUUCUAGAUCAACCGCCGAACAAAUUCCACUAGCCUUCAAAAUGCCUUACAUAAAUGUGAUACUUUUACGUACGAUGAAGGAUCCCAAAUUUCCCUGUGUAGAAGAAUUGGAGUACGAAAUAACUUCUCACGUUUCUUAUAUUGGAUACGGAGACGUCGUUAUGCCAGGCUUACUCGUCGCUUUUUGUUUCUUUUUUGACAUGGUCAAAAUCAAAAGACGCCCAAAACACCUAUACUCAGUCAUUGUAUCAUUAGGAUACGUUUUUGGUUUAGCUGCCACUUACUUAGCACUAUUUUUGAUGAAACAAGGCCAACCUGCUCUGCUUUACUUAGUUCCUUUUACACUGGGACCAACAGCCAUAACCGCUUUAAUCAGGGGGGAAUUCAAAAGAAUGUGGAAUUACCAUAUGUACAAAGAUAUCGAAACUAGCCAUACACUGGAUAAUAAUUUUGUCAAUGCGAUUCCAUAGGAAAUUACCAAAAACUUUAUUAUUUGUAAUUAUAUAAAGUUUGCUUUUUAACGCUCUUUCUGUUGCGCUCUAUGAAUGAAACUCGACUUUUAAAAUUUUAAUACAAUCAUUAUGUUUUAAAUCUCAAUCAUAAAAAAAGGUCAGAUUUUUUUUAUUCGCAUCAUAUACUCUGAACUGAAUAAUGCAUUAUUAUUAUUAUUAUUUAUAAAUUUAUUUUUUAAAGUUUGCAAAUACUUGUAAUUUGAAAAAUCCGUAAUUGAUUAAGAAUUGAUUUUAAAUGGUAUUAGAGAUUCUAAUUUUAUUUACUUUAUAAAAUAUGAUAUUACUCACUAAAUGUCAUAGACUCGUUUUUUUUAACUCCUACGGAUGGAUUUUUAAAAUGUUUAAUAUUAUACCACGACUUCUAGUGAGAACUCAUUAUAAUAUUUAAAUUCUUAUUGUUGCUUUAGUGAUAAAAUCAUUGUAAUAUGAAUCUAAUUGUACUUAUUAA